AUGGGCGGGUGUGUGGGCUCUCACCACGACUCUUCGGGCAGCCUCAAUGAGAACUCGGACGGCACCGGAGUUGCCCUUGGACGUAAUCAGCUCUUGAAAAAGGAGAAACCAAAAUGGAAAAGCGAUUACCCCAUGACAGAUGGACAGCUACGUAGCAAGAGAGAUGAAUUUUGGGACACAGCACCUGCUUUUGAAGGCCGCAAAGAAAUCUGGGAUGCUUUGAAGGCUGCAUCACAUGCAUUUGAGAACAAUGAUCAUGAACUGGCACAAGCAAUCAUUGAUGGUGCAAAUAUAACUUUACCACAUGGUGCUCUUACAGAGUGCUACGAUGAACUGGGAAACAGAUACCAGCUUCCUGUCUACUGCCUUGCUCCACCCAUCAACAUGAUAGAAGAGAAGGGUGAUCUAGAGACUCUGGAUUUUCCGGAUCCGCCGCCUAACUCCGGUCAUGAAUGCCAGCUUCGUUUACGCCUCUCAACAGGCAAAGACCUCAAACUUGUGGUCCGCAGUAUGGACACUGUGUAUCACAUGAAGAGACGACUUCACACAGUGGAAGGGGUAGAACCUAGAAGUCAGCGAUGGUUUUUUUCAGGCCGGCCACUCGCAGACAAAAUGAAACUGGAGGAACUGAAAAUACCAAGGGAUUAUGUGGUGCAAGUAAUUGUGAGCCAGCCCUUAACAAAUCCUGUCUUGGUGGAGAACUGAUUUUUGCCUAUAUGCCUCUU